AUGCAUGCGUAUUCGUUGCUGCAAGCGCAUCCGGGGAAUGGCGCGCAGUCUCCGUUCGCUGCUGUGUUCGAGGCCAAUAAGCGAGCCAAACUCGCUGAGGAUCUGAGUUACGACCGGAUGGCCCCGACCAGUAAAUCCGACCGCGAAGGAUCCGGAUCUCCUGAUUUUUAUUCCGCCAGCAUCAAAGUCCCUGAAAACGAAUUGUCACCUGGUGGACGACAUUCGCCGGGUUCGGACACGAUGAAUACAAACCCUCAAAAUCAGGGAAAUCCGAAUGACCCGAACAUCCGUCGAUAUCGAACAGCGUUCACUCGAGACCAGAUCGGGCGAUUGGAAAAGGAAUUUGUCAAAGAAAACUACAUCAGUCGACCACGGCGAUGCGAAUUGGCAAAUGAACUCAAUUUGCCCGAGUCUACUAUCAAGCUUCUCGCCGCGAAGCAAAUUAGCGGCUAA